AGACCGGGGCGAACUAAUCACGGAAUGACGCUGUGCUCGGUUUCUCUGUCAUAUAUCCAUAAGGACAAACCGCAUCCGAAUCUCACGUGUGCAACCCCGGAGGGUGACAGUGGUGCCACACAACCGGAUAACAGGCGGUUAUCAAAAUUGGAGCUGCAGCAAGAGAUAAACGUGGCACGGGGAUUUUUGUCCGAGGACUCAUUUGAGAGGAAUACCUACAGAGCCUCGGAAUAGGAGGGUAUUACGUGGUGGACUGCACCGGGCCGCAAUGUCAAUCUUGCCCUCUUUCGGCUUUACGCAGGAGCAGGUCGCGUGCGUCUGCGAGGUGCUGCAGCAGGGUGGAAACCUGGAGAGGCUCGGACGUUUCCUUUGGUCCCUGCCAGCCUGUGACCACCUCCACAAGAACGAAUCCGUGCUGAAAGCGAAGGCCUUGGUGGCCUUCCAUCGGGGAAACUUCCGUGAGUUCUACAAGAUCCUGGAGAGCCACCAGUUCUCCGCGCACAACCACCCGAAGCUGCAGCAGCUGUGGCUGAAGGCGCACUACGUGGAGGCGGAAAAGUUGCGGGGCCGCCCGCUAGGCGCUGUGGGCAAAUACCGCGUGCGCAGGAAAUUUCCUUUGCCCCGUACGAUCUGGGACGGUGAGGAGACCAGUUACUGCUUUAAGGAGAAGUCGCGGGGCGUGCUGCGUGAAUGGUACACGCACAACCCCUAUCCAUCUCCACGGGAAAAGCGGGAGCUGGCGGAGGCAACGGGACUGACCACCACACAGGUCAGCAACUGGUUUAAAAACAGGAGGCAGAGAGACCGAGCAGCUGAGACAAAAGAGAGAGAAAACAGCGAGAACAACGGCGUUGGCGGUAAGCAGAGCCAGCGGUCUCCGCUCGACGGAGUGAAGACGCUCAUGUCCAGCUCGGAGGAUGAGUUCUCUCCGCCGCAGAGCCCCGAGCACAACUCCGUGCUUCUACUGCAGGGGAACAUGAACACUCCCGGGGCUUCCGCAUACCCAAUGCCCGGCCUCGGUGCACAGCACUCGGUGCAUAGCAUGCAAGGACAUCCGCAUCAGAUGCAGGAUUCACUGUUGGGAUCUCUAACAUCCAGCCUUGUGGAUUUAGGAUCUUAGGACGUCUCGUUCAUAUUUUAAGCGACAAGACUUAAAACCAUAAAUAACCAAUAUUUACAGCGUUACCGCAUAUUCUCAUGACGCACAGGACGUUUGCUGAAAUAAACUAUUCUUUUGCAAGCGAUUAGGAAAAGGGAGAAAACCAAAAGAGCUUCUCUGCGUUUUGGGAAUUUUGAGUAUACUGGACAAGUGCGUAAAAUUUGUAAAACCAAUGAGGCCAAUAUUUAAGAAUAUUCACAGUAUUGUUGGAUACAUAAACCUUUAAUAAUUUAUGAUGUUUUACUCAAAGAUUAAUUUAUAGAAAUUGUUCUGUAUUGGACAGUACGAAUAGCAGGGAUUUUUAAUGAGAAAAUCAGUGGCUUCAAACAUCUUAAACUAAACUCUAUUGAUGUGGAAACUUUGUUUCGUUCUUUUUUAUUUCGUUUAAAUAUUGCACUACAUUUUAUUUGUAGUUUUCAAAACAGGCUCUCCAACAUUUCUUAUCACACACUGUCCACAUUUUAAGUCAAGUCAACGUUUUGAUCAUUUGUCUUUGACUUGGAAAAGCCUGUUAAUCAAAAUAAAGAAAAUCAGGAAACUAUACAAUAAAUAAACACAAAGGCUCAAAAUAAUAAAAAUAUGUCAACCCACGUGACACGUCCGAGCCGGAAGAGGGCAUGAGCGCGUGAAAAAUGAGAACGCCUGAAACAUCAACAAGAAAAAUUGGCGCUUUUGCAGAGGGCAGAGAGACGCCAAGAGGCGUUUAACUUUUUGACCGUUAUUCAGUAAAACAAAAAUGAAAAAAGGUUAAAAAAAAAAACGGGCACACUGAGUCACUUUAAGCCUUGUAACAUUAAGUUUGAUAAACAUUUAUUAGUUCAUUACGCUGUCGGACUUAACAAAAAUUAGAGAGAAUGGAGACAGAGGGAGAAAGGGGGAGUAUUGCUCAUUUUGUGUUUGUUCUGUCAGUUCUGGGCCACUGAAAAUUGACACGAUUCGCAAGAGCGGCUCUAAAGACCCUCCACCCAAAACGCCUCGUUCACCAAAAACCACUUCAAAACAUUGUCAACCCCAUUUGAAACAAUCGUGAACUUUUGUUUCUUUCUUAGUAACAACUCCAGACACGGACAACAACUGAAAUUUCAAACAA